GGCUUCUGAAGCUGACCACGGAGACAAAAAGACAGGGGCCACCGGCAGGGCUGGGCCAGCCAAUCAGAGAAGCCCUAGAGCUGACCUGGCCAAUCAAUCAGAGAAGCCGCAGAGCUGACCUGGCUGUUGCUGGGUAAAGGGGGCUGAAGAGGAGGAUGAGUUUUCACGACGAUGGGAGGAUUCACGCCAGGCGCUGUCAGGAGCAGAGCCCUGAGCUGCUGAGGCACACGCCGUCCUGACAGGGUGUGCCGGCUUCUGCUCUUUCAAGACGCAGUCUUCCCGAGUUCCCGGCCUCACCGCCCCCUCAACAUCCAGCACCUCUGACGUUUUCUCCACCAUUCUUUCUAUUUUUGUCUGUCUUAUGUGUACGAGUGUUUGUCUGUGUGUUGUAUGUGGACCACAUGCCUGGUGCCCAGGGAAGCCAGAAGAGGGUGCUGGAUCCCCAGGCAUUGGAGUUCCCAAUGGUUGUGAGCAGACACGUGGGUGCUGGGAGCCGAACCCAGGCUUCCCAGAAGAGCGGCAAGUGCUCUUCACAGGGGAGCCUUCUCUCCCGUCCGUAUUUCUGAGCAGGCUCCUCCCUGAACUGGUGUCCAGCAAGACCCGCCUGCCUCAGCCUCCCUGGCCCUGGGGUUCCAUGUGUGCCAGGGACCCAGGCUCAGGCCAUUAAGUCCUUACACAAGCACGGUUCUGACGGAGCCGUCUGUCUAGCCCGUUUGGUGACUCUGAACUAAGUUUGGCUGUGUUUCCUCAGCUCCUGGAGCUGUGCCCUCCUCAGCUAUCCAGGGUGGAUCUGGCUGCUGCUGGCCACAGCAAGGCCCUCUCGUCUGUCGAGGGCCUGAGAUGGGGCUCCUGAAUCAUUCCAGUUAGGGUCAGCGUGCUCCCUGCAUUAACGCUCGGCCUUUGCUUCACUUCUGACAGACACCUGGCUUUAGGAGGCCGUCGGGGUCACGUGGCUGCCCUCGACUGGGUGACAAAGAAGCUCUUGUGCAAGAUCAACGUCAUGGAGGCAGUGCGGGACAUCCAGUCAGUGUUUCCUGUUUGGGUCGAUGGGGUGGGCCUGCCCGCUCUCAAUGGGAUGAUGCCCUGUGGGCCUGUCUCCCAGGAAACUCGUGUCCUUUCUAUGGAGCCUCUAAUGUCAUCCCACCUGCAUCACACACGAGGCUGUCAGCCCUCUCACAUCUACCCAGCGACUGAUGACUCAAAGGAAGCUCGAGCCUCAUUGGGCCUUUCCUCAGACUGUCCAAUUCUGGGGUCAUAACUUGAGUCAGAGUCUCUGCUGUUCAUCCAGGACGUAAGGAGGCCUUCAUCCACGGCUAACUUCCUCGCCUGCCCUUCCAGCUCCAUGAUGGUCCCGAGGGUCCCUGUGGCCCCCUGGAUGGUGGCUCUGAUGGUAUUGCUGAGCAGCGAGGUCCAGGGCGAGGCCCCUCCAGAGAACCACCUGCUGCGCGCGCUGCACGAGUGCCACGCGGAGAGGGACGGGACGCAGCGCUACCUUAUGAGAUGCGUCUUCAACCGCGAGGAGUUCAUGCGCUUCGACAGCGCCGUGGGCGAGUUCCGCGCGCUCACCGCCAUGGGGCGCCCGUGGGCCGCGGCCUGGAACAGCCAGAAGGACUACCUGGAGCGCCGGAGGGCCGAGGUGGACACGGUGUGCGCGCACAACUACGAGCUCAACCAGGGCUUCACCAUGAAGCGCCGAGGUGAGGGCCGGCAGGAGUGCCAGGCCAGGCCGGCCGCGGGGUGGUGGGCCAGGCCGAGCCGUGGCGCGGGGACGCGGGCGCAGGGGCUGGCAGAGCCGGCAAUGUCCAGAGCGUCGCCUGUCCAGCCUGAGGUACACGUGUCACCCGCCAAGAAGGUCGCCCUGGAGCACCGUGACCUGCUGAUCUGCCACGUGACAGAUUUCUACCCAGGCAGCAUCCGGGUCCGCUGGUUCCGGAACGGCCAGGAGGAGACGGCGGGGGUCGUGUCCACCGAACUGAUCCGAAACGGGGACUGGACCUUCCAGGUCCUGGUCAUGCUGGAGAUGACCCCUCACCGGGGAGACGCCUACACCUGCCGCGUGGAGCACCCCAGCCUGCAGAGCCCCGUCACCGUGGAGUGGAGGGUCCAGUCUGACUCUGCCCGAAACAAGAUGCUGGCCGGAGCCGGUGGCCUGGUGCUGGGACUCAUCUUCCUGGCAGUGGGCAUAGUCAAGCACAUGAGGAGCAAGCAGGCUCAGGGGAGGUCUCCAGGAUCCAGAUGAGCCGGUUAUACCUGCCACAGUUUCCACAGCUCAACAGUCUGUGAAGUAUAGCUCCCUCAACAGAGGCUGGAGAGACGGCUCGGCAGUUACGCACUUGCCAGAGGCCCCCGGUUCAGUUCCCAGCACCUGCGUGUGACAGUGUCCAGCUGCCUGUAACUCCAGGGGAUAUGGGAUCCGAAGCCCUCUUCUGUCCUCCAUGCUCGUACCCAUGUACACAUAAAUACGAAAGUAAAUAAAUCCAUCCGCUGACAGGCGCCAGGCCUCGUGAUUGCUCACCUCUCACAGCACUGCGUCUGAGCUCCUGGGGGAGCAUUCCAGAGCCAAACCCUAGCCUCAAGCAUGGCUGUCAGAAAAUGCUGAGAGUUAGCCAGGCAUGGUGGUGCACGCCUGUGAUCCCAGCCCUCAGGGACGCAGAGGCAGGCGGAUCUCUGUGAGUUCAAGGCCAGCCUGGUCUCAAAAGAAAAGAAAAGAAAAGAAAAGAAAA